AGGUUCGUUAAUGUUUUGAUAGUCAAUGAGAUACCUCUGUGCAGUACUCUCUGUGGCUGCAUGUUUACUAGGUCCACUCAUGUUUGGUCUAACUUUGGGUUUCACUGGUCAGACUAUUGAUACCAUGCAGAAUCAUGUUACCACUGCCGAUGGUGUCCUUAUCCAGGUUGGUCCCGAUGACCAUUUGUAUGUGUUUGAUACAUCUACAGAAGGUUCGUUGUUUGGGUCUCUGGUUAACUUGGGCGCUAUGGGUGGUGCUAUCCUAUUGGGAGGUCCCUUCGUCGAGAGGUUUGGAAGGAAAUGGACUUUGUUGUUGUGCUCUCCUUGCUUCGUUUUGAUCUACGCGUGGCAGGCAUUGGCCCACACUUCAUGGCAGUUGCUGUUCGCUCGUGUUCUGGUCGGUUUCGUUGUUGGUGUUGAGUCCGUCGUGGCUCCCACCUACAUCGGUGAGGUUUCUCCCACGGCUAUUCGUGGGGCUUUGGGAGCGUGCAACCAGCUUUCCAUCACAAUCGGUAUUCUCCUCGCCUAUGUUCUUGGGGUGGCUUUCAGAACUGAUGCCGGCUCUACUGAUCCCAAUGCUACUGACAGCACCUUCUGUCAGUGGCGUACUGUGAGCUGGAUUUAUUUGAUUCCCAGUGCUCUAUUGGGUAUUUGCAUGUUCUUCGUUCCGGAAUCUCCUCGUUGGUUGGCUCAGCAUAGUCGUGCUGACGAUGCCAAGAUGGUUCUAUUAAGACUUAGAGGUUCUACGUCAGUUGAGGAGGAUCCUGAGAUUAUGGAAGAAGUGAAGGCUUAUGAGAUAUCAACUGCCCAUAAUGCUAAGAACACCUCGAAGGAGAGUGCUUCCUGGGCUUUCAGUGUGCUUGGCCAAUGCAAGAUGCAGUUGCUCAUUGGUAUUGCUUUGCAAGUCCUCCAGCAGUUCUCCGGUAUCAAUUCCGUUAUAUUUUAUCAAACAACUAUCUUCCAGGCUGCUAGAUUGGAUAACAAAGAGGCUAUGGCACUUGCUGUUAUGGCUGCUCAAGUGGCUGUAACUCUAAUUGCUUGCAUCAUCAUGGAUAUGGCGGGAAGAAGAGUUCUUUUGGUAGCGGGUGCUACUGGUAUGUGUGUAGCAGCUAUUCUACUGGGUGUAUUCUUCCUCCUUUAUGAUGUUAAUGACAUCAACGUCAGCUGGUUGGCCAUCUUCUCCGCCUUCUUGUACAUUGCUUCCUUCUCCAUUGGUGUUGGUGCCAUCCCAUGGUUGAUCAUGGCUGAGAUCUUCCCCAAUGAAGUGAGAGGUCUUUCCGCAUCUAUUGCCACUGGCGCUAACUGGUUCUGUUCUUGGAUAAUCACCAUGUUCUUAGAUGCCUAUAGCAAGGCUAUAACAUACCAGGGUGUCUUCUGGAGUUUCGCCGUUGUUUGUCUUGUGAUGGUCAUCUUUGUUCUGUUGGUUGUUCCAGAGACGAAAGGCAAGACCUUCGAAGAGAUUCAACAUUACUUCAGUAGAAAAUAUGGUAGCAAGGCUAAGACUGUUGGCGCUUCCGUCAAUGUAGAUGUCGAGAAGGCUGUUUGUUCGCGGUGAGUAUAGUAUGGGCACUGAGGUAGAGCUGCUACAUAACGAUCUCAAUAAUUUCUUUUUUAAGGAGAGUUUAUUUUCUCUUCAAGUAUGUUAAAUACUGGACUGUUCUCCGUUAAGAUAGUGUACGUGUAGUCAUUCUAUAAUUCCGUUAACGGGCGACUAAAGGUAUUUUUCAUAUCAUAGGGUUGUUCCGAGAGACUUCUUGAGAUCUACUUCCAACUUGUCAUUGGAUAAGUUACAAGGCUACCGAGGUGUUCUUGCUGUGUUAUUAAAUCAAGUUUUUAAGGGUGAAGAUAUCGUCGUUAAUGCAUGUUUUGUUCAUAAGAAGAGUCAUCGAGCAGCAUGGACCGACUGAAUGAGUUGCUAGUUCAGAUCGGGUUAUGUAGUCGUGUGUAUAUAGGAGAAUCCUCUCAGUUGUUACUCUCAUUCUUCAGUUAGUAAGUUGCAGAUCG